AUGAAGAAGCAGGGCGGUAGAGGCUUCCUCUGCGCCCUCAUUAUGUUGCUAGCCCUUGCUUCACCAGCGCUGUCGCAGACAGAAGACCCCACCACCGGCCUUCCCCGCAAUUUCUGUAAGGGCGUCACUACCCUGACUGCUGCGUCCGGCACCAUCGCCGACCAUGACGGGUUGGGCUCCUAUACCAUCAACACGGAGUGCAAGUGGUACAUCACGCCACAGCUGGCCAGCGGGCGCGCGGCUGACCAGGUCAUUCUGACAAUCACCAAACUGGACCUCGAGUUCUGGUAUGACUUCGUGGACAUCUACAGAGGCAUUGGAACCGACAACAUCGUCCAGUGGUUGACGGGCGAGGACUCGCCCGCCAACUUGAACCAAACCAUCGUCCUCGAUGGGUGCAACGGGAACGGCGUGUGCACUGCCAAUGGAUCGAGAUUCUAUUGCGCCUGCAAUGAAGGUUGGAAUGGGAGCACCUGCGCCCUGCCACUGCCCAACCAGCCCGCCCCCAAGUUCUGCUCGGGUUCGCGUACGCUGACCGCACUCAACGGCACCUUCUCGGAGCGCACCACCGGCACCCAAUACCGCAACAACCAAGACUGCCGCUGGUCCAUCAAUCCUGCGAGCACGGUUGGUGCUGGGAACGCCUACUCGCUCGACCUCUACUUCCACAAGCAAGUGACAGAGAAGGAUUACGACUUUGUGACCGUCCAAGACGCCGAGGGCAGUGCCGAGGUCUACACGGGCACUGACAUGCCGCAACCUGUACACUUGGGCUCGGGCUCGGGCGUGGUCACCUUCUCCUCCGAUCUGGGAAUCGUUCAAUCGGGAUUCUCCGCCUCCUACACCACCCGAGUGUGCGCGGGUGGCUGUGGAAAUGGAACGUGCGUGAGUGGCAAGUGCCUGUGCAACUACGGCUACUUGGGUUCGUCCUGCGAGCGGAGUACGUUGCACGACUUCAGGGUGCUCGUGCAUGGCAAACCGGGGACCCGAUUGCUCCCUUUGCAUCCCUGGAAACUGUACCCCGGAACCGGGUCCGGAUCCUGUAAGUGGUCCAUCACGCCCGCCGAUGUGGACACGAUCGUCAUCUCCUUCAUCUACAUGCCGCAAUCGGCAAUUGUCGAGAUUGCGGACAACAGCGGCAACGUUGUGUGGUCUUACGCCCGCUCCGCCAAUCUGUACAACAACUUUGCGUGUCAGGAGCAGUGCCGCGGGCACGGUGAUUGUCUCCCGCUCGCCUAUUACGGCGAACAAGUAUGUAGCUGCCACGUGGGUUGGGAGGGCGAAUUCUGCGACAAACCGACGUGUGUCGGAGAUUGCUUUGGUCACGGCCAGUGCCAGCCCAACUACCCCAAUGGUUCGACAUUGGCGUACGGCACAAAGUGCGUGUGCGACCCAGGCUACUACGGACCUUUCUGUUCUCUCCCCUACUGCCAGGAUGACCAAGUAACUGACCUGACCGGUUCCAAGGGCAUGCUGCAAGAUCGCGCCGAGGGUCAAUCCACCAGAGUUGGUUCCCGCUGCGCGUGGCGUAUCAUGCCCGCCACGCCGGCCAAUGUCACGCUCUACUUCACCCGCUUUGCGCUCGCCAGUCCCAGCGACGACGCCAUCUCGAUAUUUGACGGCCCCUCCUCCUCCUCGCGGGCCCUGGCCUCCUUCGGCGGCUCGUACGCUCCGCCAGCAGUGACGUCAUCGCAGGGCGCGCUAUACGUCACCUUGACUACGGACGAGGUGCUGCCCAGCGUGGCCGGCCCGCUCAGCGGAUUCCAGGCAUACUACAUCGCCAAUGAUCCGGCGUGCGGAAGCUGCGGCAGGAACGGCUACUGCGACCCCGUUUCCAAGCAGUGCGUGUGCUUCUCGGGUGCAAUUGGCACCAAGUGCAAUGCCACCGCGUCCACCGCCAACGCCACCGCGCUCGAGCGCGAUGAGAUGAUAAACGAUUCCCUAAGGCUGUUAGAGUGGAAGUGGUACCGCCUGUCGAUUCCCUCGACCGACCCCGCUGCGGUGGCCCACGUGAUCCUGGGCCGACAACCCGACAACCCGACAUCCGAGAACUUGCAGCUGCGCGUCCGCCGAGGGGCGUUGCCGAUCAGCGACGACACCACGGAACUGUCGGACCUCACCAAUAAUGAGGGCGAAUGGUACGCGGGUGUUCAGAACAUGGACAAGGACGGCAACGUCGCCCACUAUACCAUCUCCUACCUGGUUGGGUGCCCCGCGUGUCGCAACGGCGGCACCUGCUCGGCGGCGACUGAGUACAAGUGUAAGUGCACGAGCUCGUACACGGGCGAGCUGUGCUCUACCAAGAUCACGACGAGCGACUCUGAUAGCGGCGCCGUAGUUGCCGGAGUGGUGUUCCUCAUCUUCGUGAUCGUUGUGGCGGCGGCCGCGCUCGGCUUCGUGGCCUACAAGCGCUCUGAUCAGGUCAAGGCCUAUUUCGCCCGCUUCACGUCGAACGGCUUCGUGCAGACCGACAACCCGCACCCGGCCGUGGCGCAACGCAGCAGGGCCGACCAGAUGGGCGACUUCCAGCGCCUCUAA